CGAUAAGAGAUGUUCCAAACUAAAUGUUGACAGUUGAAAUGCGUUCAUGUGUUUCGUUUAGAUGUUGGUGCGUUUUGCCAUUGUCAAACCAUAUGACAUUUGGCUGAUAUAUAAUUGAAUGACAGGAGCUCUCGCUUAGAAAUGCGAGAAUGGGAAAAACGUAAGCGGAUCCAUAAUUGAGGUUAUGUUGAAAACGUAUUGAAUUGUUUAUUGUGUGUCGUAUUUAUGGAGAAGAGGCAGCGUUGUAUUUUACAUCGUUGAAUUUGAUUGCGAUUUUAUUUUGUAAAUAAAAUUAACACGUGAACCGCAUUUUAAAUUGCGUAGAAAUAAAUGUCAAUUUGUAAAGAUGUUGUGAUUAAAAAUUGAUAAAAUUCAAAUAAAAUUGAGAAAAAAAGGGUUCGUGUUUUAGUGAGCAUAACCUCAUCGUUAGUGAGCGGUGUUUUUCGUUUCGGAAAAAUCUUCAUCGAAAAAUUUCAAUGUGAAGGCGAUUUGAUCAGAAUUGAUUAAUAAAAUGGAAUCAGAUCCGUCAGUGUUUUUGGCAAUGAAUGAUUUCAGUGCAUCGCCACCGUCAUUGAGCCCAUUCAACAUGGAAAUUUUGAUGUCAUCGAUCGUCAACAAUGACACAUUGGUGCGAAGCUAUCACGAAAAAUGUGCGGAAACAAAUCAAAUUCAACAAAAUUUCAAAUCAUUCACCGAAACGGCCAAUCAAAUUCAAGAAUUGUAUACAAAAGAAAAAGAACAACGAGCCAAAUUGCAGGUCGAAAAUGCGGAUUUGAUUGCUAAAUUGAAUCGCGUUCAAGGGCGAUUGAAUGAAUUAGAAAAUGUGCAUAUAAAUAUGAGCACAUUAAAUAAUCAAAGAAUUGCUGAAUUUGAAGAUCAAAUUGAGAAAAGCAACAAGAAAUAUUUGGACCUAUGUGAAUCGUAUGUGGAACAAGCAAAUAUUAUUUGUAUAAAUCAAUUAUCAAAUACUGCAUUAACACGAAAAUGCACAGCAGUCAAAGAAUAUUUACUAACAAAUGGUGUACUAUUCGAUUGGAAGAGCCCAUCGAAACAACGUCGAAAAUCUGGUGCGGAUAAUAAAAGCAAAACAACAAAAACAACACGAACAUUUGCAACACAAACCGAUCCAUUCGAAUGUGAUGCCACACCGAAACCAAUCACAUGUGAAAAAGGUACACAAUAUCAACAAUCGAAAACAACAAGAUCCACGUGCACAUCAACCUUUAUACAGACAACCGAAUCAUCUACAAACACCGAUAUGGAUUCGGACAACGAACAAAGCACAUUGUGUAUUGAAUCGGCAUUGAACAGAAUGCUUCCGCAUCCAUUGCUUUUAUCACCAAUUCGCGAAGCAAAUGCGUCAAAAGUCACAACAGCCGGUACACAAACGACGGCCAAAAACUGUCGAACACAAGGAACACUUACGCACAUCCAUAAUGUACGGAAACGUGUUAAUUACGUACGGGCACGAACGAAAUCGGAACAAUUUUAUGAAGUGAAAAAGGAAGAAAAUCCAUCACCAUGUGCAUCGCCGAGCCCAUUUUGUCCAUUGUCACAGAUACCAGAUGAUACAGUUCAAUUAAAUUCACAAUUUCAUCAUUAUUGGCAAAUUAUCGGCGAUGUUCUGUGCCGAAUGCUUGCUGGACAAGGAAAUAUGCUAAGUGUUGACGAACAACAAUUCGACCAUAUCCGGAUGAUACAAAAUCUAAUCACGGAAAAAGGAAUGUAUCGCAAACCAAUUGAAAAUAAUGACUUGAAUGAUGUGCAUUGUGCAAAAGGCAUCGAUUGCAAUGAUGACCACAGUCGUGACUCAAUGCAUUCAAUGGAGAGCUAUAAUAGUGAUAAAAUUGUAUUUAGUCAAAUUCGAAAUUUAAGCAAUUAUUCGCCGUUACCUGAUGAAAAUAGCAGUUGUUCAAUGGGUGCGAAAAAACAAAACGUCUUUACGCCAAUUGAAAAAGUGGAUAUGGUAUCACAAACUAUAGAAAACUGCCAAUCCAAAAUCGAGUCACAAGUGAAACGAAUCGAAAAAGAAACACCAAACGAACCAAUCAUCUCGAAUAAAUGUGAAAAGAAAACCAACAAUAAUCAAUUGAAAACAACUUUUAAACGACCGUUAGCGCAUCGAGAGUAUUUACAUUUAAAUAAUCGCAGCAGUUCAGUAUUUAACGACAGUGAUGAUGUUCAGUUCAAAGUACCAAAGCGGAAAAUCGAGACCACCAACCAAGAUUUAGCGGUUAAAAAGAAGAAAACGAACAAGGUGAAGGCCGAAAAUGCCGAACAGAUGAAAUCACUUUUUGGCGAUUCAAGCGACGAAGAUGAACAAAUCGAAGAAAUUUUGGAGUCUUUUCGGGUACCAGAAAUGUUGUCACCAAUAAAGGAUUUGGAGUAUGAACCAAAAUCAACAGCACCUCUUAUGCCAAUGGACGAUACGAAUGAGAUCGAUGGUGAUAUUUCGCAUGAUCCGACACAUCAAUCGGCUAGUCAACCAAAGGAAAUUGAGUCGCAUGAAAGCAGCGAAAUAUUUGAUAGCAAAGAACCAAAUUCGGAAGAGCCAGAAGAGCCGUUACACCAAUUUUUAGAAUCACCAAGUGAACCCAAAUUGCCGAUAGAUAAUGAACUUCAGCCCACUGAAUCAGAGUCAAUAGAGUGUUUGACCUUGCCUACAUUGACCGAAGUCAACAAUACUCUAAACGAUCGAAAUACAGAUAAUUGUGAUGUCAACCAACAAGACCUACCAAUCUCCGAGUCCAACGCCGAUGAAAUUCCUGACUUUGAUGAUUAUUCACCAGCAUCACCAAAACCCGAGGAGAACACAUCGACAUUGAAUCCACCAAUGAUUCCACUCGAUACACUUGCCAACGAGGUCAUAGAGAGCGACGAUGGCAAUGACAUUUCCACCGAAUCAGCAUUCGAUCAAAUUAUUUACAAUUAUACGCUUAGCACACGGCACGAGGUGAUGAUGCCAAAUUUUACCAAUGCCGAAUGUUACCUCUUGGCCAGCUUAAGAAAUGCCAUCGAAAAGUAUUGCCUCGCAAAAGAAUGGUCAUCAUCAACAGCAACCGAGUGUAUUGAUAAAUUAUUAAGUUUAAGUCAAUUGCCAAAGCAUUUGGUCACUUCGAUCUUAGAAGUGGUCGAAGACACAAGAGAAGAUCUAACAUUUGAAUGUACGCCGCCAGCACCGAUGUUGCCGCCAUCGUUACAAAAAUGUGUGCUGCUGGUGUCACGACUUACAAAACUGAUGCCAACAUUCAAUAAAUAUAUUCAAUUUGAAUUGGAACGUCGCUUAUUCACAUUCGAAAGAGAGAAACCAAUUACAAUUUUAACAAAUUUGGCACAUUUCUAUAUUGCCAUCGUCGACAUCGAACAGCCAAGUAAUCGUGACAAAGUGAGACUUUUCAUGUACAAAUGUCUUUACUACUAUAAAAUUUCAUCGAUUCCAUUGGUAUUUAUUGCAAUAAUGGCACAUCCAUUUGUAUUGCCGCAUGCAAAUGAAAUUGAGCACAACAAUGAUCCAUUGAUUCGGGCCAUAAUGAGUACAUUGUCAAACAUUAUAUACACAGAUAAUGCAAAAGACAAACCAUUUUUGAAGAAAAAUGAAAUGUAUCACACACUGAAGCGUCGCUAUGGAUUCUUUGCCGAUAAACUAUUUCCAAUUGAUGGUGUUGUCGAUCAUUGCAUGGAAUGCAUUCGAAUGAAACGUCUUCAACACGUUGACUAUGCAUUGAUUUUGAUUGCCAAGCGCAAAGAUUACGAAUAUGCCACGAAACAAAUUAUCGAAAAGCAUCUUCUACCAAUGUUACAUCAACUAUUUUCAAUGAAUUUAAAUGCAACCGUUGAACAUGAUGAGACAAUUUGCACAAUUCUUUUUACCAUUGGAUCGAUUGUAAAAACGUUUCCAAUUGAAGAAGACAUCAGUGGAUAUAUCAACAUUUUUGUGACCUGUUUAAAUGCAACACAACGGAAAUCGAUUCAGGAAGCAGCCGUUUUAGCCAUUUGUCAACUGAGCCGAUUUGGAGUCGCACGUAUUUAUCAAUAUUUAAAUACAUGGAAACCAAACUACCAAAUCAGUCCACACAUUCAAACCGUACUCAGAACCAUUGUGUAUAGAAAAUCAGAGCGAUUUUGGUUUGGAACAGAAUAAGAAUAAAAUUAAAUAAGAAAAUAGAUCAGAACAAUUGAAUUAAAAAAUAAAAAACAAAACAUGCACUGUGAUGUAACAAACGAUUAGUAAAAAAGAAUUAAUUUCAAAUUGUAAAAUUUCACAACAAAAUAAGAAAUUUUACCAUUGUUAUCUAUAAUCAUUUUGAG